AUGUAUUACAACGUCGUUGCAAGCCGAACUUCUGAUAAUUGUGGGGUAGAGUGGGCUCUAAAAUGCCAAAUAUGGACUCCAAAUAGGGCCGGAACAUUAACAGAGACAUCAAGAGAACAUUCUAUAGGUGCUAAUAUUUUUCCAUCUGUGAGGUGCUUAGAAGAAUUAAACAUUUCAGUUCAACUGCACACCAAUAUUAGAAAAUUGAGUGACAUAAAAUCACACUUCUGCUCACAUUUUAACGAGUAUUUCAUAUCAAUAUUGGUGUCUCAACUAGAGUUCAGGUUUCCAUUGGUGUUUUCCUAUCCUGCAAGAACAAGAUUGAGGGUACAAGAACCAAACAUCGCUCCAAUAUCGUAUGCUCUCUCUAAUUCUUCAGCACUAAUGCUAGACUUAGUAUCAAUCAUGGAAAAACAGCCAACUAAUACUACAAUAUAUCAACUAAUAACAUAUAGAAAGGAUAACGAAGUCUACAAACUGUAUCCCUUAGAUAUUUGA